AGAAGGCCAUUGCAACUUCCUUUCUUAGCUGCUAUUUGUCAGAAGAAGGCAGAACUUCAGCAUGUCGAUGACAUUUGUGUCUGGACGACAGCGUUCAGAACCUACUCAACAAACAGUUCAAUCGGUAGGUAGAAGAGCCGCUAAGCUUGUUGUAGUAUUACAGUCAGGAUUAACGUAAACUACAAGGCUUAAGCCUGUCAUAAUUUUUCAUUGAUAGCAUCAAUUGUUGUUUACACCUGUCUGUACAUUCCCUUUGAUCGAAGAUGUUUUUCUCGAAGGAUUUAGUCUUUGUAAAAUUAAUUUACUCUUUCACUUGCAUUGCAAUAUCAAUGUUUUAAAAAAUCGGGUUUUUCUUUAAACAAGAUUACUUUUUACUUAAAACUUAAAUUCGACUUUAAUUACUAUACAUCUUCCCUAUUAAAAUAAGAUGCUUUCAGCAAUUUUCUGAAUAGCUUAGGGAGCUUGUAAUGGUUACUUCGUCUCAAAGAAAUGAUAAACGUCUUCAUUCUCUGCAAUUAUGGGAGAUAUGUGACACGAUCUCUUUGUGUAAACAAAACUUGUGACGAUACUGUAGAUCGGUGAAAGUUGAAGGACGUUUACGAAACCUUGUGUUGUAUCUAGAAGGUACGGUAAGUAAUACAUCCCAUCGUGUGGUCUACGGUCAUGCGAGGGUUAUUAAUAUUCUGAGAUAUGUCUUUUUUCACUCUUAUGUUAUGAACACUCAGCUGUGAACAACCUGUUUCAGAAAUGUUCAAAUCAAGUCUCUCCAUUGCCUCUUUUGUGAGUGAAUAUUAGUCUGAAUAUAAGUGUCUGAUCUCAUGCACCAUAAUUUUUGUCUUUCAGCUUCUAGAUGAGAAUUCACAACUUAUUCAGGUAAAUAGGUGUACAUGCAUGUGUCUGUUUUAGUUCAGUUCAUAUCCCAGCAAACCAGUUUACUUUUGCAUGGCUUUCGUUACAGUUAUGGGAAGGUGCUCAUGACUAAUUGCCUGGGGUGCUUAUGUAUGGAAUCUGAGUUUAAGAGAAGGGCUUAAUCAUUAAGAGAAGAGGGGUUUAUUUGGAGAGUUAGAGUUAUGUAGUUUGCCUUAAAAAUCCAAGUUAAUGUAGCUGGCCUAUAAAACUUGAUAAAAAUCUUGUCCUCCAUGGAAGUUUUACAGCAUUUAGUCAAGGUUUAAAAAUGAGAGAAACAUUCAUAGAAGACUUGUUGCAUAUACAUGUACAGGUGCUUUGUAAGUAUGUGAGGUUAUUAACCAAAAGAAUGGGAAGAAAGCAAUCUGAUCUGCCUUCUGAACAAUUUGCUGUUAGUUGGCAGAUCCAAUUUUAAACAAAUUAUAAUAGCAGCAAAAUUAAAAUGGUGCUGUUAAAAAAUGUCUAGUGUUUUAAGUGAGGAGACAGUACUUAUUUGAGGAAAGUAAUUUAUUUUAAUUCUUGGGAAGGGAUGGGGUGUUCAAUCAAAUAUGCUCUUGGUGUAUACAUCAGUUUGUUGCAAUAAAUAUGACACUGCUAUACAAGAACAUUUUGGUUAGUAUUCACCAUUACAAAUUGUCUAUCCCUUCUGUAGGCUAUUGUUGAUUAUCAGAGUAAAGGGAAAGCAUAUGAGUGCACACAGUAAGUAGUAUCACUUUACAGAGAUUUUGUUCAUUAAAAAAAAAUGUUAAGUCUGUGCUCAAGCUGAGUGACUCAUCCGGCAUGAGUUAAUCCCAGUAUUUGAAGCACAGAAUGACUAGAAUUAUUACCACACCCCCCUGAAUGGGACGUUAGCCAUGCCAAGGCUACCCCCUCUACCUCCAUCAUUUUAUCAAGCUUUCCUGACAACUUGCCAUGGUCUCUGCCACAUUUCAUUCAGGGGUUACUCGUUUUACUUUCCUUCUAGAUGCAUGAAAUUAUCUGAUCAUUUUUUUUUGUUUCUUUGUUUUGUUUGUUUCCAGAUACCAGCAACUUUUGCAUCGUAAUCUGGUGUACUUGGCAACAUUAGCUGACUCCACUCAAAGCAUGCAGAACACAAUCCCAGUAUGUGAACCAUUAGUGAAAUGGCUUAACUGGGCAGCAUUAGAAUUUUAAGAAUUUUGAAUUGUUGUGGAUUUUGCUGAACACAAAAAUUUUCCCACCAAAAAAGUCUUGCAAACUUUAUGGCCCAAAAAAUGUUUCUACCUUCAGUCAAAUGAAAAAUAUUAAGUGGAAAUAAAUGUCAGCCCUUCAAAUUUGAUAAUGUUACUUUCCAAGUUAGGAGAGUCCUUUUUGAAAUUUGGAACAAAUUCAUGGAAAUUUACUAAAAAAUGUUGUCUCUGCAAAAAAAAAAAAAAAAAAAAAAAAAAGGAUAAAUACUCUGAUUGAUUGUCACUUUCAUUUUAUAUGGGUGUCAACCCUCCAUCAUUGGUUAUGAAAACAAAGGUGUUAGGUCAAUAGAGUACAAAACCUGUUUAAAGUUGCAUCACUAAAGUACCAGGAUCAGUUUUCAGAAUCUUUAUCUCUUUUAUUUUGAGAGCAGUGGAACACAGUUAGAAAUUCUGAUUGUAGCUGUUAGUCUCCCCUGCAUGUUGGUUGUAACAUUACAUUCCCUUGCUCAUGGACAUUCUGUCAACAGGCUCCUGGCUCACAGAGUAGUUCCAAUAGACCCCCAGCAUCUGCAACACCACCAUCUGGGGGUGGUAUGCACGGCCUUCCUGAUAUGACACCAAACUCUGGUACAUCCUCAGACAUGAUGCCAACUUCAGGAGGAUUGAAUGCUGGAAUGCCCUCAGGAAUGAAUGACCCAAUGAAAUCCAACAUGCCCCCACAACUGGGAGGAAUGAGUGGUCCUACCACUGCAGGAUAUGGUGCCAGUUCAGUUGGUGGGAUGGGACAGUCAACCUCAUCUCCUCCUCAACUUCAGCAUCCACCCAUGACAGCGCAGAGUCACAUGGGUUACCCAAAUCCCUCUCAAAGCCAACAGAGUCGACCGGUAGCUCCACCCACCAUGUCGGGACCAAUGGGAAAUUUACCUCCACAGGUUACACCCAUUCAGUCUCAUGCUCCUCCAGCUAUGGGUCAACACAUGAUGUCACAGAAUCAACCACAGUCUCAACAAUACAUGAUGCAGCAGAGGCAGAUGCAGUUCAGACAAGGUGCACCGCAACAGGUAACCCAACUUUUCCAAGUCUCGUAUUGCAAUUCUUUUUUCUUCCUUCAUGCUUUACUUCCCUUAUUUGUGUUUCUCCUUACUUGAAAAUUAAUGGUUUAACCAAUUUAUUUAUCUCCUUUGAAAUGUUUUUUUGCAGACAAAUAACACUGUUAAAUAAAAUGAUGAUCAUUAUCAUUGCAAAUUAUAUCAAAUUGCCUUAAAAUUUUAGACAUAAGAGAAUAAUGAUGAUAUCACUAUUGUUGUGUCGUGCAUGUAGAUGCCUCAGCAACAACAGUCGCUUUCACACAGUCAUCCUGGAUAUGGGCCACCUAGCUCAGGAGGUUUGCCAUCAACUGGUAUGAUGCCAGGGUAUCCCUCACAGCAGCAAACACAAAGAUUCAAUCCUUACAGACAGCCUCCUCAGCAACAAGGCUUGUCACACAUGCCAUACCCAACCCAGCAACAGCCAGGACAGUCAGUUAUGGGUCAGCAACCACCAAUGGGUCAGACACCUGUGGGACAGUCACCCAUGCAACAGCCACCACUUGUAUAAUGUGACUUGUCACAAGUCUGUAAUGUGACACAAUUUGUUACAAGAUCAUGUGACUGAAAUAGUUACAAAUUUAUGUUGCAAACAUGGUUGUGGAGGUGUUACACCCAGUUUGAUAAGAUCUGGAUCAGAAGUACCACUGCCCUCAUGACAUAUGUUCUAGCUCUGCAAGUGUAUCAGCCACAACACAUCAUCUGAAUGUCUACCAUGAGGUUCUUUAGAAGACUCUCUCAGGAAAAUAUAUCCUAUGCUAGCACCAAACUGACUCUAUUAAGAGGAUAAGGUUGUUUUAUUUAUCAGAAAUCACUUGGAAAUUAUAAAUCUUUCUUGUCAAAUGCUUUCUAUAACCUCUCCUCUGCUCUUUCACCACUUGCCCUUGUAAUAUGGUUCAGAAAGUACCCUUGUUGAAACAAAUGCUUUUGUGUUUACAAGCCUGGGUUAAUAGGUCACAUUGAAUAUUUAAAACUUCCUGUAAAUAAUAUUUAGAUUUCAUGGGUUACUUCAGUACAGUAAGUUGUGUUUUGUUUGCACAAAGGCAAGGUAAACAAAAAUUAGCAGAAAAUUUUCUUUUAAGAAUUUGAGAUAUUUAAUCUUGUAGGAACAAAGGUUUGUCACCAGAGAUGCUGAAAUCUAUUUUGGGAACAAUUUUUGCAAUUUUCUGUUUAAGCAGAAGAUGAAGAUGGUAAAAGCGUAAUUUUUCUAGAGUCCAACUUCAGGUUAACAGGAGGACUAAUAAGUAAUUAUUUGAAGUUGAGCUUGAUAUCAUGAAUGAUUAAUGCCAAGGUUGGAGUUAUUGUGCUCAAACCAAAGGCUUGGGCAGAUAACACAGACACAAGGUUUGAUAAUUCAUGAUAUCAUGCAAAAACAGAAUUCAGUAAUUGUUUUAUUAUACAUUUUUAAACAAUUUGCAAAAGAAGACACCUCUCUCCAAGUUGGCAAAAGUUUGAGAAUGCUACAGAUGAGGAGCUUGGAAAUUAGUCAGACUUUGAACUUGACAUGAUAUCUACAGAUAUUGGGUUAUUAUGUUAACUUCAUGUGCUGUUGUAUAUUGACUGUAUGCUCUCAACCAAUCAGAGUUUUCCCAGUAAGUCUAGUGUAUAAUAACCAAGAUCAUCAGUUGAGUAUUGUGUGGAAAAGGUUUGGUGACAGGAUCUGGACUGAAUGAAAACAUAAUGGUGUUGUCAUGGGCAACCAUCCUUGUUUCUAAUGGUAACCGAGUCUCAUAUUGUAUCCCAAGAGCCACACGUCAACAAUGACCCAAAAGAACUCGACAUUGCCAGUGGAAACUGAGCCAUUUGCUUGUUACAAACAGAUUUAACAUCAAAUCAUGAUCACUAAACUUCUGUUGUCUCUCUCGAUUGAAAAUCAUAGUUGUAGUAAGAGUGGAAAUAAAAGAAUACAAGUUGACAUUUGACUUCCAUGCCAAGUUUUUGUCAGGCUGAAAGUAGUUAUUUAAUUGGGCAUGUCAAUUUCUGAAUCUAAUCUAUGUACACCAAGUAAAGUUUAGAGACCCAGGCACUCAAAACUACUGAAACAGUGAAAUGAAAACUUAGUUUGGUUUAGUUUGGUUUGAACAUGAAUGGGGUGAAAUGUCACGAAUAACUUUUGUGAAAUCUACUUAGAUAAAUUAUAUACUGCACUUGGCUUAAGUGCAGGGGCAUUUACAACCAAUAACCCUGCAGAAGCCUGGUACUUGAAACCAUCUUUGGUCCAACUUUAUCAGAGCAAGAAAACCUGCCUAAGGAGUUUAUUCUAUUGUUUGUGAAAGUCAUUCUUUUUGUCUUAAGGAGCCAUGUUUGUAGGAUGGAAGAUUGCAACAGUUGUGAAAUAAAGAUUCUCUACCUCACAAACCAUUGCAGUCCUCAAGUAACCAUUUUCACAAGAAAAUGCUAGAAAAUAGAUUGUCACAGCC